UUUUCCCAUUCAUUCUCUAUGGUAGUGCUUAACACUACGGAUGCUAUAUAUUUUUGGCCACACGUAAAUUUCAUGGCGCUGUUUCUUCUCUUCCGUGGCGGGGCAUUUAAGUGUCGAACAGUCAUCUGUCAGUCAUUCGCUGUGUGGAGGAGAGGAGACCCGUUUUACAAUCGGAGAAUGCGAUCGGAGAGAGAUGUUUUUACUCCAAAAAUAAACGCAAUAAACUGAUGAACCAAGCAGGAAUGCUCAGAUGAUCCCUCUUCUGCUGAGACCCCUCUUGCUGCAGAACCAGAGGCCACCCCACAGACUGUCUUAUUUCAACCAUUUUCUACUCCAAGUCCUGUGACAGUGAAGGAACAAAGGUCUGAGGAAUUUCUUUCGGAUGGAGAACUGCCGAGCACAACGCCACUGCCUAUUGCGGCUUCUCCUCGUGCAGCCCGCACUGUACCUAUUAAGACAGGAGGUCGAGUCUUUGUGUUGGACCAUAACAGAUGGCCAGAGCCAAUGAGAAAUGCCAUUGAUGGUUUGCUGGCCAAGCACCAUGGGAGCAAGGAUCUCCUUAAAAAGGUGGGUGCAGAAUAUGCUGCUAUGGUACAGAGUGCCUGCACUGACCCCAACAGCCUUCUACACCCAACCACAAAGCAGCACAUAAGCAGGUACAUAAAACACCUUGCUAAAAAGAAGAACACAAAUGCCUCUCUCAACACCAGCCCAGAAAAGCUUCUUGAGACACAGCAGUUAUGGCAGCGUCUUCACUCAGGAGGCGAAACCAUUAGUGUUCCAGUGAAAACACUGCCACCUGCCCCAUUUAAUCCACCAGCAAAGAGCGUUCCUGAGGCUGUCCCCCUGGACAAGGCAAUGCUUGAGAAGAUGGUAAAGGACAUUGUAGAGAAGCAGCAGGCAGUACAGCAUCAACAACAACAACAGCAGCAGAUCCAAAAAACGCUAACUAGAUCUUGUUUAGCUUGUGGCCAGCCAAAGUCUCGUUACCUGGGUGAUGGCUCCUCAGUACAUUUAUUUUAUCAGGCUGGUGAUGUUAAGUACUUCUGCUCCAAGAAAGUAUUUGACAAAUACUCAGCAGAAGGCUUGACAAAUCCCAGAAUGUCUUUUGAAGAUUUUGCAAGCACUCCCUUCUUUCAGCGUGAACUGGAGGCCUCAAAACAGAGAGGGGCAGAGAGGAAGAGGGUGAUUGAGGAGAGAAGCAAGAGGAAGUCAGUAGUGGAGCAUCCUACUGGUCGUCUCUGCAGAUUCUGCCACCAGCCACUGAAACAAGGACCGAACAGUCCUCAUAUUCACACUGGUUUCCCUGGAGUGGCAGGCAAAUACAUUUACUGUCCUGCUAAAGUGUUUUCCCUGUAUCAGGCUCAGGGAAUGACUGCAGAAAUGUCAUGGAGAGACUUUCAGCAGUCUCCAUUCUAUGAGGCUGAGAAGCAGAGGUGGAUAGAGGAUAAGAAAAAAUGACUUGACUGCUACAUAACACAGUCUGGGCAUGUCAUAUCAGACUGCCAAAGACUCU